UUUCAUUGUCACGGAGGGAAAACCAGAAUGAAUAACAAUCUGUUGAUUUCUUAUUCAGUUAUAAUCAUACAUUGCCAAUGCCAUACAUGGCCAAUCUCAAUCUCAAUCUCACGGCCUUAUGCAAAGGGGGUCGGCUGAAAGAGGCGCUACACAUCCUCCUUACCACACAUAACCCGCCUGUAGAAUGUUGUACAUAUCUUCAACUAUUGGAGGCUUGCGUUUCCAAGAAAUCCCUUUCAGAGGGUAAGCAAAUCCACUCCCACAUCACCCAUAUGGGAUUUGGUUUUGCUACAGCUACAUUUUUUCAAAACAAGCUUAUCAACAUGUAUGUCAAGUGCGGUAGCUUGGUGAAUGCUCGCAGAGUGUUUGACGACAUAACUGAACGAGAUGUCAUUUCAUGGAAUAUCAUAAUUGCAGGUAACAGAAGAUUUGGUUAUCCUCACGAGGCAUUGAUCUUGUUUCAUCAAAUGCAACGAACGGGCGUCCAACCCGAUCAUUUUACCUUUUCCAGUAUACUCCCAGUCUCUGCCAAAUUAAGAGCUUUGGAAGAGGGCAUGGACAUCCACCAGAGCAUAAUGGAAAGAGGGAUUUUAUCAGAUGUUGUUAUAAAUGCCCUGGUUGAUAUGUAUGCGAAAUGUGGAAGAAUACGCGAAGCACGUGAACUGUUUGACAAAAUGCCUCAAAAGAAUAUGGUCUUAUCGACUGCAAUGAUUGUUGGUUAUACACAAAAUGGCGAGCUUGGGGAAGCAUUAAGGCUUUUCAAAGAAAUGCCGCAAAGAGAUGCGGUCUCGUGGAAUGCGAUGAUUGCGGGAUAUGCGCAAAAUGGGUUUGUUGAUAUGGCUUUAGAAAUUUUGAAGCAAAUGCAAUUGGCAGGAGUGAGGCCAGACUCCACAACCUUUGCCAGCAUCCUCCCAGCCUGUGGCAAAAUAGGAGUUUUGAAACAGGGCAUGAACAUUCAUCAAAGUAUAAUUGAAGGCGGUUUUUUGUCAGAUGUGGUAGUUGCAAAUGCCCUGGUAGAUAUGUAUGCAAAAUGUGGAAGCAUGCACAUGGCACGUGAACUUUUUGACAAAAUGCCUCAAAGAGAUGUGGUUUCCUGGACUGCAAUCAUUGCGGGUUAUGGACAAAUUGGCGAUCUUGACGAGGCUUUAAGGCUUUUCAGAGAAAUGCCUCAAAGAAAUGUGAUCUCGUGGAAUACAAUAAUUGCAGGAUAUACACAAAAUGGGUUUGUUGAGAAGGCGUUGGAAACUUACAAGGAAAUGCAGUUGGCAGGUGUAAAGCCAAUCUCCACGACCUUUGUGAGCAUCCUGCCAGCCUGUGCCAAAAUGGGAGCUUUAGAACAGGGUAUACACAUCCAUCAAACUGUAAUUGAAAGUGGAUUUUUGUCGGAUGUUGUAGUUGCAAGUUCCCUAGUAGACAUGUAUGCAAAGUGUGGAAGCAUACUCACAGCAUACAAAUUGUUUGACAAAAUGCCUCAAAAAGAUGUGGUCUCAUGGAAUGCAAUAAUUGUAGGUUAUGCACAAAAUGGAUUUUCCAAAGGUGCUAUCAAACUCUUUGAACUAAUGAAGUACUCUGGAACAAACCCCGACCAUGUGAGCUUCUUUUGCGUUUUAUUAGCAUGCAUCCAUGCAGGUUUGGUGGAUGAGGGCUGUAAAUACUUCAAUGCCAUGAGUGACUCUUAUUGCAUCAUGCCUACAUUUGAUCAUUAUGUGUGCAUGGUUGACCUUCUUGGCCGUGCUGGCUAUCUUGAUGAAACUCUGAACUUUAUUAUUAAAAUGCCUAUAAAGCCUAUGGUGGUUGUGUGGACGUCUUUGCUUGGUGCCUGUAGAUCACAUAAGAAUAUAAAGUUAGGAGUUUUUACAGCAAAUCUUAUAUUUGAGCUGGAUUCUAAAUAUGCUGCGACUUAUGUUCUUCUAGCAAACAUCUAUGCAGAAAUGGGCAGGUGGAGUGAGGUUCUAAUGGUAAGACAGUUAAUGAAAGAUAGAGGAAUUAAAAAGAUACCUGGAUGUAGUUGGAUAGAAGACCAGAAAAUGGUACAUGCUUUUUGUGUGGGAGACAGAUCACACCCACAGACACAGGAGAUAUAUGGAAAGUUGGAUGAAUUGUCUUGGGAGAUGAAGGCAGCAGGAUAUUUUCCAAAUCCAAGACAUGUACUGAAUGAUGUGGAAGAGGAGGAAAAAGAACUAUUUCUCUGCCACCAUAGUGAGAAAUUGGCAAUCGCUUUUGGUUUGUUAAACACGCCCCCUGGAACAACCAUUAGAGUCGUGAAGAAUCUUCGAGUAUGUACUGACUGUCACACUGCAACCAAGUUUAUCUCCAAGAUUGUUGCAAGACAAAUUGUUGUGAGGGAUGCGAAUCGGUACCAUCAUUUCAAACAAGGGCAAUGUUCUUGUGGAGAUUAUUGGUGACUCAGAGAAGGAAUUUGUAAACAUAAGGAUCCUAUUGAUUCUAUUUCCAUUUUCCAUAAUGUGUUAUUUGCUGUGCUUGGAGAUCCAGAACAUGCUGUUAACUCCAUAAAAUCAUAUUUAGAGUGUGCAAUGUGCACAACUGCCUAUAUUAUCCGAAGAAUAUUUGUCAAAGCUCGGUUUUAUGAUAUUUAGCCGAUAGGCUACUUAUAGCGUGAGGUUUCAGUCGAAGCCUGUCUCACGGGGUAAAACCAAUUUUCUAUCUGGUAAGCUGUGCCGAAAAACAAGCUUCAGAUGCUCAGAAAAUCUACCAAAGAACUUUCAGAGGUCACAAAAAUCUUUCCAGUUGUGAAUCGUGAUCGAUCAGAUUGUUAUCUUUUUAAUAUCAAUGGAUUUGAUUCAUCGAUGGCUACCAUUUAUUGCCUCCGACUCACAAAUCUAAAUCAAUCGAUGUUGAAUUCGUCACCACCACAUAUUUAGUCUAAGACAACCUCUGGUCAUACACAUCUAGAACUUACCCAAUUUCUCCUCAUUCUUGGGAAUCACUUCUUGUUUUGGGGGAAUACCCAAUCAUGGGAGCCAGCUUCAGCUUAAAUAACAAAGCCAAGAUUGGAGGAUUGAAGUUCUGUGACUACACUUCCAUCCAUGCUCCAUUAGAGCCCUCACUGUCUAGUUCUUCCCCAGCAGUCCAAUGGUACUCUACACCUCGUAUUUCUGCGCAGUGUAUCGAAUGAUGGCCCUAUAUUCUGUAAACAAAAAACCAUUUUUCAGCUAACUUACAUGAUAUGAAUUCAAUCAAGCGUUUAAUGAAUAAUGGGUAGACAAAAUUUGACUGAAAAGGAUGAGAUGAGAGUUCUGUCCUAAAACGCAGUCAUCUACUCAAAUGAUUGCACAAAACUCACAAUAAUGGUUUCAAUACCCUGGUAUUAUAUUUAGGCAUGGAAAUGGAUUAGCGUAGAAAUUUGUGUUACCUACGUAGGCGGGUUUCUUAUGCUUGCAUUUGCUCAUGUCAAUGAGGUGAGUUCGUGAGGGAGUUGCUUCUUGAGAACUCUGGCGAUAGCAGGGGAGGCAAGCAGCCCAUAAAGCUCCAGUACAGUGGCCGCCAUUGUUCCGAAUCAAGCUUUGAAAGCCCGAGAUCUGUAGGUCUCAUUUGCAUUUACUGUUCAAGCAACCGCUAGAGGGACACUGGUUUUGGAUCAUCUCAUUUCUUUAAAAAAAAUUCUGUGGUCAAUUUCCAUUAUAUUUUUCCUCCAAACUAUACCAAUUUUUCUUAUCGGGAUCGUUGAAAGAACGACGUAUUGGUGCGUAAUCUUGAGGUAAGUUGUUUUCCAUGGUGUCAGUGAUUUUUGUUUUGGGUAUCGAUACCCGACAUGUGAUCUUUGUAUUUACAGAUCAUUUCAUACCCACUUUAAUAUUUUGUUGAUACUUUAUAGAGAUUAUUUUUGUGUCUUCUUGUUGCUGCCGCUGUUGAUUUGGUAAAAUUUCAGAGUGUUGAAAUGAACUCAUCGUUCCCAUUUAAGAGGCAUAACCAUGUGUGUCCUGUGGAAAUAAGAUUUAGAAACAACAAAUGUAACUGAUUUGCCCAUUUGGUGAAUUAAGUUACCAUUCAGCAGGGGCAGUGCAGCAUCUGUGCUUCCACAGGGCAUGAUUUUGGAGUCAUUCUUGAAAGUCCAUCAAUCAUUUUCAGAUAUAAAUAGACUUGUGCUAAAAACAGAAAAAGAGAGUUGUUGAUUAUGUUGAAUGAGAAUAGCUGAUGGUAAAUUCUUGUAUGAGUUAGCAGAAUGAAAUUUGGAAUUGCAGAUGGAUUCCAGAUAUUACAGAGACAAACCAUGGCAUGUAACCUUACAGAUAUUUUGUGUUUGGAAUUCGUUUCUUCAUUUGGUGAUUUAAGGGAAACCUUUAACAAAGGUAGCAGAGCCUCCUCUCUCUACUUUUUACUCUGUUAUUGGAUGUGUUUUGUCGUUGUGAUGAAUAGAUUGUAUCAUGUUUCUUCUGUUA